AUGGAAAUAGCUGAAGGUAAGAUUACAGCUGCAGGCAAACCAAGCCAAUUACUGGAAAAAAUCUGGAACGUGAACUUGCAAGCAAGAGAUGUCCUUCUGAAAAGUGAUCUGGACAAUGAAGGUAUAGUGGAGUAUGUGCUUAGACUGAUCUCUUUAACAAAAGAGCUGAGCAGAUCUCUCAAGCAGCAGCUGGGGAACCUUACAGAAAGUAUUCAAGAAACCUGCCACUUGCUGAGUGUUCUCCUUGACAAACACAAGGAAUUGACUACAAAUCCAGAGUACAAUGGAAUUAUAAAUUGUCUGCAGAAAGUGAAAAAUUCUUUGAUAGAUACAGUCUCACACCUUCAAGAGGCAGAAAAUAAACUUUAUGCUGCUAGCCACAGACAAGAUGAUGAUUCUCAGAUCGAGACUGCUCAAAAUGCUUCUAGAGAAAUGGAUGUGUGUUGUCCUGAAGGAGAAGCAACAGAGUCUGUGCAAGCAUCUUCUAGUCCCAGUCAGCAAUCCCAAAAAAGUUCUUCCCUGAACAAGACAGAAAGUCAGAAUGCUCAUCAAAUCCAGCCAAGGGAAACUAAAACUGUGGAAGAAGACACCAUUGCAUCUUUAGGUGAAAAUGUAUAUGCUCGAGAUCAGGACCGUGGCAAAAAACCUCCAAUUAAAAAGGAAGAUGGUGAACACAGACUACUAGUGAAUUGCAAUGGAAAGGAUAAACCUCAUGGAGGUAGCUCUGUUUCUGAAAAGUCUCCUGAACUGUCUUUUCAAGAUGUUCUUAUGAGUAGUGGGGAAGGCACGCUGUCUGGGACAUUGAAAGAUAUUUAUGACAGAACUGUCACAUAUCUUUCUGAACAGGAAAAAAAGGAAGUUGUCAAAGAAUCUCCAAAAGGGGUAGAAAGUGAAGAACACAGACUGACAGAGCAAACAGAAGGCAGUAAAAUGGAAACAAAUAAUCAGAUUUGUAGGAAUGACAUAAUCACCUUUACAUCUUCAGCAGAAACAUGGGAUCUUACUGCUGUGAAUCCUCCUAUGACUGAUUCUGAAGUACAAAAAUCUAGGCACUGGAUGAGCAAAGAGUUUCUAGUGGAAAAAACUGGUAAGAAUGAACAUGAAGUAGCUUGUCUUAUUAAAGCCUCUGCAACUGCUCUAGAAAAUCUCAAGUGUAAGAUAGUCAAUGACACUAGUUCCUUGGUGGUGGGUGAUUCUGAGGAGCUGAUCAGCAAUGUCAUCAGCAUUGAAUGCUCUGAUUAUGAGAAAACAAUUCCUUUCCCUAUCAGCAUUGCAAUCCCAUUUACUUCAUGCUUCAGAGGAAAUUAUCGGGAGAUUAUGGUGAAGAUGACUGAUGUGAACUUUCAAUCAAACUACGUAACUCCUGUUUCUUUGGAGGGAUACCAAGAAAACCAUAAGGAAACAUUUGCGGAAGUGAAAAUCUAUCAGCUGGGUGUUUUUUCUGUGCUGUCAUGCUUAAAGAAGGAAACAUUUAUUGUUCCAAAGCUAGGACUGUCACAGAAGUUGAGUGUGGAUUCUAGAAUCUCCUUCUGUUACCGUCCAGAAACAUUCAGUUCUCCAGCACCCAUGCAGUUAAAGGUUCAGCCAAUUGAACCAUCACUGGUUUCAACAUUGAAAGCAAGACAUGAUAUGUACCAUUCAGUGAUAUCUACUAGUGCGCUGAUUUAUGUCCAGCAUCCUUCAGCCCAACCAUUUAACAGCUCAGUCACUAUUACUCUACCCUGUCCUCCAAAUCCAGAAAACAAAAGGCAAGGAGAUGAGAAAGAACAUGCGAGAGCUGUUAGUGCUGCAGUAAAGAGGGUUGCUAUGGCAUAUCAUCCUCGGGCUGUGAGUGCUUCUGUGAGAAAAAAUGGAGAGAAUCUCAGUGAUACUUUGAAAUUACUGGGUCGCAGAAACAAAGAAGAGGGGUGGAAGGUGUUUGAUGAUGUUACUAUCCAGAAUGCACGGAAUGGACUUGUAUCAUUUGAACUAAAUGAGCAUUUAGAAAGCUUUUUUGUCAUUCGCCUUCUGUUCCUCUUGGAAAACACAUAUCUUCUCCUCUUUGCUCAGGCUAUGGAAGAAGCUGUACGUAGUACAAUGGCUAAUGUGAUACUGUAUCAUAAAAGAGAAAACCCCCAUAAGAUAGUAGUUUCGCUAUCUGCUUCCAAAGAAUUGACCUGGGAAAUUCAAAAUCUCCAUGAGGAGGGCUACUUUGGUCCCCCAGAACCUACACAGCAGUUCCCAUUAAGAGAAGGAAAGCAGAUUCAUUUCAGAUUUAAGGGCAAUAUUUUUGCUUCAGAGAAUGGAAAAGAUUUUGGAAAUGUCUACAGGCUGAUUUUUCAUUCAAAAAGAAAACCCAGGCUGGAGCUCCAAAUUAAAGAAGUGGAUGAAUUCGGUAACCACAGUUCACCUCAUUACAAAGGAACAGCAGUGUUUUAUAAAAUCACCAGAGAGAUGAUAAUCAAGGAAUGGGAACAACCCUUGCCAUAUGGUGACUAUCAACAUCAGUCUCCACUGUGUAAAUUAUCACUAACGUUACCAAAGGUGGGUUUCUUACUUAAUGAUGUUAGAGAUCUUUCCUGAGCAGUUCUGAUCCAUCAACAACGUACAAAACACCCUCAGAAUUUGUCCUAGGAGAUCAGGGACUCUCAUCCAAGCAUAAGCUUAGAAAAAAAAUGUUUAACAGAAGUUUUUCACCCAUUUGCUCUCCCCAGGGGGUAUGACCCUGAGAAAUUACUUCUUAAGUUUCAGUUAUAUACUUCUUGUAUCCUUGUGUUGAUAGUGCAGAACUACAGAUUGCAGGAGCAUUAA